UAUGAUAACUCAGUAAAUAUUCCACUUGGAUUCCUUCAAAGAUUUGAAAAUCUGAAUGAGCUCAAACUAUUUUGGUGUGAUCAAUAUAAAGAGCUAUUCUUUCCAAAUCUUCCAACUCUUGAAGUUCUAAAUUUACAGGACUGUAUCGAAUUGAUGAGUCUAAUGUCAUGCUCAGCUUCUUUCCAGAAUCUUAAAGUUCUAAGAGUUGACCAUUGCGAAAGGUUGAUGAAGUUAAUAACACCUUCAACGGCUAGAGGCUUGGUGCAAUUGAGAGAAAUGAGCGUAGAGUAUUGUGGAAUGUUGGUUGAAAUAGUAGAAAAUAAGGGAGAUGCAACAACAACUGAAAUUGUUUUUAACAAUUUGAACAAGUUGUCAUUUACAUGUUUGAACAACCUCACAUGCUUUUGCUCUGGGAAUUACUCUUUCAAUUUCCCAUCUUUGGAAGACUUAAUUAUACGGUUUUGCCCCAAUAUGAAGACUUUCUCUCAAGGAAUCUUAAGCACACCAAAGUUACACACAUUUUAUUAUGACAACUGCGAGAUGGAUUUAGAGAGUGGCGGGAGUGAGCUUAAUGCAACCAUUCAAAAAGAACACAAAGAAAAGGUUGACUCUGAUAUGAAGGAAUUGACAUUACGGUUAAGUGGAAGGGACAUCGUGUUGAUUUGGGAAGGAGAGUUUCAAGAGAGAUUUGGGAAAGUAAAAACUCUUCAAUUGAUUAAUGAUGAAUAUACCAGCAUUCCAAUUCAAAUCCUUUACAAAUUUAAUAGUCUUGAAGAACUGAUAUUGAAAAUGAGUUCAUAUGAAGAGAUAUUUUCAUGUGAAGUGGAUAAGAAACAUGUUGGAACACUCACAAAAUUAAAAGUUUUAAAAUUACAAGGACUUUAUAAUUUAAAGUGCAUUUGGAAACAAGACUCCCAAUUAAACUCAAUUCUUCAAAAUCUUGAUCGUUUGGAGGUGCUAUAUUGUCAAAAUUUGACUACUCUAUUGCCAUCUUUAGCAUCUUUUGAAAAUCUAACGACUUUGAGAGUAAGGUAUUGCAAUGGAAUGCAAAACUUAAUGUCAUCCUCAACAGUCAAAAGUCUGUUGCGACUAGAAGAGUUGAGUAUAGUAGGAUGUGAAAUGAUGAUAGAAGUAUUAGCAAAUGAGGGAGAUAUAGAGAAAGGUGAAAUUGUUUUUGAGAAAUUGAAGAGGUUGUACUUGGAUGAUUUAGAUUGUCUCACAUGUUUCUGCUUCGGGGAUUACAUCUUAAAAUUCCCAUUCUUGGAAAGUUUAUUUGUGAGUAAAUGCUCGAAGAUGAAGACUUUCUUUCGAGGAGACUUAAGCAUGCCAAGGUUAAAGGAGUUAAACAAUAAAAAUUGUUCGGAGAGUGACAUUAAUACAAUCAUACAACAGUUAGAAAAUAAUCGAGCAAAGGUUGUUGAGAUUCUUGUCUAGGACCUUAAGGUUUUUGCAUCCUUCAAUGAAGAACUUUCAAGGAGAUUACCCAGCUUCUUACACUUGAUAACUUUAGGCAAAAUGAGCAGGUUUCCAAGUAUGGAGACACAAAAUUCGGAUCAUAAUAUUAUGCUUGUAGAACUUAAAAAGCUAAUUGAAUCAAACCCCCUGUUUCGUGACAAGCUUAGAUUCCCAGCCUUCAAAAGUUCACAACGAAGGACAUUAAUAAACCAGAGGUGUGCUGCAGCGAGGUUUUUUGCCAUUUCAGACUGUUGUUUCCCCAUCUUCUGGUGCUGUUACUAGUUGGAUGUCAAACAAUAGUCCUUCCUUACCUCACCCUGCUGUGGCAACAGGCGGCGUCACCCACCCCCCCCAAAGUUUGUAACUGUGUAGCGGGAUGUCUACAGUUGCAUUCUUGAAACAUCCAAGGACGCUGACAGGUGUCUUUUGCUGGUGUAGCACAUACUCCCAAUGUAUAUUCUGAAGAUGACCUUACUAAAAGCCGUUGUGUGAACCCUAAAUCAAAGAUCUAAUGUCAUGAGCAUGGACUUCCAUCCAUAUCAGCAAACUAUUCUUCUAGUGGGGACAAAGGUUGGUGACGUUAGCUAUCGGGAGGUGGGAUCCCGGGAAAGGCUAGCACAUAAAUCUUUCAAGGUUUGGGAUAUAUAGGCUGCUUCAAGGCCGUUGCAGAGGCUUUGUUGAAUGAUGCUGCAAUAUCAGUGAAUCAGUGUGUUUGGGGGCCAGAUGGACUUAUCUUGGUGGUGCAUUUUCUAAACAUAUAGUUCAGAUAUAUACUUCCAAUCCAACUGGAGAACUAAGACAGCACUUAAAGAUCGACGCCUAUGUUGGUGGAGUUAAUGACAAUGUGUUUACUCAUCCCAACAAGCAACUGUGUAUGGUUACAUGUGGAGAUGAUAAGACUAUUAAGGUCUGGGAUGCUGUAGCUGGAUGCAGGCAGUAUACGUUUGAAGGCCAUGAAUCUCCUGUGUAUUCUGCCUUCACCACAGAAAACAUUCAGUUUAUUUUCUCUACUGCCAUUGAUAAAAAGAUAAAAGCUUGGCUAUAUGAUUGCUUGGGAUCUAGACUGGAACUAUGACGCUCCUGUACACUGGUGCACCAUGAUGGCAUAUACUGCAGAUGGAACCAGCUUCUCAUGCGGAACAAGUAAAGACGGCGAAUCUCAUUUAGUUGAGUGGAAUGAGAGUGAAGGAGCUAUCAAAAGGACAUAUUCUGGUUGGGUUGUCCGUUUUGAUACGACAUGGAAUCAGUUCUUGGCUGCUGGUGAUGAAUUUCAAAUUAAAUUCUGGGAUAUGGACAAUACAAAUAUGUUGACUGCUGUUGAUGCAGAUGGUGGAUUGCCUGUUUGUAGUCGUACUAUUUACUUGUACAUCAAUGGUAUUUAACAGUAGAUACGUAGUAGUUGUUCAUUCAAUUCUAUUCUUUGUAGGCUAGACCUAGACUAACAUUCAAUAAGGGAGGAUCUCUGCUCACAGUUACAACGAGUGACAAUGUUAUCAAAAAUUUAGCCACCAGUAAUGGUUUAUGAUUGAUAAGAAUGUUAGAUAGCAGGGCUACUAACAAAAAUCGGGCCCCUUCUGAACCCAUCAACUCUAAGCCAUUGAUUGUGAAUGCUCUCGGUCCAGUGGGAAAUGUUUCUGGUGCCAUUGCUCCGACUCUGGAACAGCCAGAUAGAGUUCCUCAGGCUGUAUCUAUCAGCAGUCUUCAGUAGACUUGUUGAUGUUAAACCACAUAUUGCAGACGAUGGAGACAUGGUUAAGAGAAAAUUCCUGAUGUUUCAGAUCCAUCACAAAUAAAAGCCCUGCACUUACCUGAUUCUAUAGCACCUGGCAAGCUAUGUAUGUGGAGUAUUGAUAAAUGGGAGAAGCUGAAAUCAAGGUGCAUACAAGAACCAGCUGGUUGUCAAUCCCCUUCGGUUGGAGAAACUAAAGUCCAGUUUCAUAAUGAUCAAACACAUCUGUUGGUGGCUCAUGAUAGACAAAUUUCCAUUUAUGACAGCAAGCUUGAAUGUUCAAGUUCAUGGUCUCCAAAUGAUACACUCCCUGCUCCCAUUUCUAGUGCAGUUUAUUCAUGUGAUGGUUUCCUGGUGUAUUCCGGUUUUUGUGACGGUGCUGUGGGAGUUUGUGAUGCGGGUAAUUUAAGGCUCAGAUGUAGAAUAGCAGCUUCUGCUUACAUACCUUGCUUCUCCGUCAGGUAAGUGGACCUUUUAUUUGGCGAGUUCUGAACAUUCAGUUAUUCUAUAUAAACCAGUUCAGAUGUUUCAAGACAUUUUUCAUAUAUUUCAUUGUAUCAAAAUGUGGAAGCCCGUAAAUUGACAAUAUUUCCUUGUUUCAAGGCAUUUUGAUGUUUUUGUACAGUAAAAAUUCUAU